GAAGCGACUUACCGAAGCUAGAUUCCCAGUUGAUACCGAUGGUUGAUUUGCUUGCCGGGAUUCGAAGUGAAUGGAGAGUACGGGCGUCGUGUUUACGGAAGAAAGUGAGAGGUCGUGAAUAUGAGUUCUCAACAGUAUCCACGUCCAGGUCUGCCAUCUGGUCUGGGACAAGGACAAACACCAGGCAGUAACACUACAGGACUUUCAGGAAGUCAAAAGAAUACAGGAGGACAUGAAGACUCUAAUCAUGCUCCGCGUGAGCUGAUGUCCAGUGGAGCCACAGCGUUCAGAGAUGACAAGCAGGAGACAGUAGUGGUGCGACCCUACCCCCAACCCCAGACUCAUCCCUUACCCCACGGAAUAGCUCCGACUCUGCCCCCUCCUCUCCCUCAGCACCUCCCCAUCCAGCCAGGCACAUCCGUCUCUGUGUCAGCAGCACCAUCCCACCUCCCACAGGGUCUUUCCCUAGCCUUCACUGAGGGUCCUCUGAAGUCUGCCCUGAAGACGACCAUGCCAAGCCGUGUGAUAGCUCCAGCCCCUGUGUCAACACCGGGCCACCUCACCCUCCCUUCUAAGGUGCCUGCUCAUAUCACCGCUACCAUGGAGUCUCCACAGGCCUCUGGUAUUCCUGUGGCAACCAUCAGUGGUCAGCAGGGCCACACGGGUAACCUGCAUCAUCUAAUGACGAACGUGCAGAUCAUCCGCAGUGGAGCCCCUGCGCUGCAGAUCGGAUCCCCCGCUGCUCCUCCGCAUCCUUUCACCUCCCAUUUACCCAGAGGAGCGGCUGCUGCUGCUGUGAUGUCAAGCUCCAAAGGAACCACAGUGCUGAGACCAGCAGCUGGUCCGAGCUCUGCCACGGGGCAGCCUACAGUCCAGCACAUUAUCCAUCAACCUAUUCAGUCUAGGCCUAUAGUCACUACAUCUACGGCUGUUCUGCCUACAGUAGUGGCUCCCGUGAAUGCCACCAGACCUCAGUCUCCGGUCAUCACCACAGUGGCUGCCCACUCCGGAGACAUGGUACACGGUCGUUCAGCGGUGACGAUCCACUCACCCCAAGCGACUUUGAGUAUCCAACGCCCUCCACCCUCACGUGACACACCCACGCGGAUCACCCUGCCCUCCCACCCUGCCAUUGCUGCUCAGAAAGCCCUUCCUCACUCUGCACAGAAGCCCAUUUUCAGCACUGUGACACCUGUUGCUGCCGCAACAGUGGCUCCAAUUCAGGCCACCAAUACCGCACCAUCACCCUCUACAACAGGCUCCACCCCCCACACUCAAUUAUCCAGUAGCAACAUUGUCACCAUGACAGUGGCCUCCCAUUCCUCUCAUGCCUCAGCAGUGACCACAUCCACUAUCCCUGUGGCUAAAGUCGUUCCACAGCCCAACACACACAUAUCACCACGUAUCCAGUCCGAAUACACUGGAGAAAGGGGCAACCUCAUCCCUAUCUCUGGUCAUCGUUCCUCUCCCAACCCCAUAACCAUGGAGAACCGCACUGACAACAGACAAUCUGUUCCAGUGCAGUUUCAGUACUUCCUGCCUACCUACCCAUCAUCACCGUAUCCGCUGACCCACACUUACACCCCUAUCACCAGCUCUGUGUCAUCCAUACGCCCUUAUCCAGUUACUGCUCAGGCGCCCAGUGCAGCCAUUCCUGCUCAAGCCAGUGUAGGAGUUGCAUCUGCAGUUCAUCUGAACUCUAUGCAGCUGAUGACGGUGGACCGCAUCACCCAGAUCAACACUCAGAACAUUCAGCCAGGUGCCAUGGCAGCACAGGGCAUCCAGCCCACUCCCAUUCAAGCCCAAGGCCUCCAUACGUCUGCUCAGAUCACCACCACUAGCAUUCAGCCUACACCAAUCAACCAACAACAACCCCCAACAGAGUCUAAAGCUUCAGUUGUACUGGCUGAUGGUUCCACUCUAGUGGCUUGCCAGCCUGCCACCACUGUGGCCCAGACGCACAGUCAGAGUGCCAACGCGGCAACCCCCUCCCUUGUGACGUCCCCUCGACCCAGCAUUCUGCGCAAGAAACCUGCCCAUGAAGGUGCUGCAGUUAGGAAGAACCUGAUCCCAAGUCAUCUCAGUGACUCCACAACCCCUAGAAUUGAUGGACAUAUCAGGAGUGCAUCAGGAUCACCUCGACCUGCGGGAGUGAAGUCCAAACCUGACAUCCACAUGAGCCUCGUUCCAUCAGUAGCUGCGGCUAUAGAGGUUAUUCCUAGCCAGGGAAAUGAACAGCAACCGCAACAUGUGGGACCACCUCCCUCCCAGCUGGCCUCUCAGCCUCUCCCCUCCCUCCUGACAUCAGCCACGCCUCCAUCUCAACCCACUCCUGCUCUCUCAGCAAUACCCCCUGCCAUGGCAGUCACCCCGCCAAUCCCUUCCAUGGCCAAUGUAGUGGCUCCUCCCACUCAGCCAGCAGCCAGCACCACUUCAGCAUGUGCCAUCAGCUCCACCUUUCCAGAGAUGAAUAUUAAGCAAGAGGCGGAGCCAAUGGAAACUACAAAACCAGUGGCAUCAGGGCCAAACAGCGGUGCACAGAUGUUGGCAGUCCCUACUUUAGACGUCACCCUGGGAGCCUCACCCAGAAAGAAGCCCCGCAAGCAACAGCACAUCAUUUCCACUGAGGAAAGCGAGAUGAUGGAGACCAACAGCACAGAUGAGGAGAAAUUCCCACCCAAACCCCUCAGCCUACGUCCAGAGAAACGCAAGUCCCCUCCUAAAGAAUACAUCGAUGAAGAGGGAGUUCGGUAUGUCCCUACCCGAGUUCGGCCUCCGGUCACUCUGCUGCGCCACUACCGCAACCCCUGGAAAGCAGCGUACCACCACUUUCAGAGAUACACCGACAUCCGUGUUAAGGAAGACAAGAAGGGAACCCUGCAGGAUGUGGCCAAUCAGAAGGGAGUGGCAUGCAGAGCCCAGGGCUGGAAAAUUCACCUCUGUGCAGCUCAGCUCAUGCAGCUGACUAAUCUGGAGCAUGAUGUCUAUAGUCGUCUGACGACUCUACAGGAAGGCCUCGUUCCGAAGAAGAAGGCCGGAGCUGAUGAUGAUAUUCACCGUAUAAAUGAGCUCAUACAGGGCAACAUGCAGCGCUGCAAGCUGGUGAUGGACCAGAUCACGGAAGCCCGUGAUUCCAUGUUAAAGGUGCUGGAUCACAAGGAGCGUGUCAUGCAGCUGCUCAACAAGAACAGCAGUGCUAAGAAGCUCAAUAAGCUGAAGCGUAAGGACAGAGCGUGAGAUACACGGACUGGGACAGGGUUCAGCAUGAGCGCAGAACCUCCUGAUGACCUCUAGCAUGCAGGCACACUGCCUUGGCUCACUCGGUCUCUACCAGAAGAGAUUCACUUCGAGUCCUGAUCUGAUGGCAAGACGUCUUUAUCUGGCAAGCCCUUCCUCUCCCACAACCACAACAUCUCUAACUGUAUCUUCCCUAAAAUAUAAACCUUUUUAAGGUUUUUUUUUAACAAGUCAACUUGGUCACAAAGGGGUUAUUUUAGGGAAGUUAUUGGAUGUUGAAGAUUCCAUUUUAAAGUUGUACAUAAGCAGAUAUCAGUAAAGCAAUGCUGUGAGUCUAUAGAUUAUAUUCACCACUUUUUCAUUUGGGUGCCUUGAACGAUGACAUGGUAUUGACAUUCGUCUGUACUGUAUUAAACACCAGAUGGCAGUAUUUCAUAAUUGCCGUUCUUCACACCAAAAGGUUUCCAUUUUGUAUUGUAGCACUUGAAACAAUAAGAAUUGAGAAGCCAUAAAAACACCAUCUUCGCUGUCCUAAAUGAACAAAGACUGAAGUAUUUUACCACAUAUGAUUUGUGGGAAACGUUAAAGGUGCUUUGGUGAAAUGGAGUAUUGUGCCUUUCUGUGUGCCUCAUAAAACAUGGGUUUGUUGUGAUGGAAGCAGAUUUUCCGUGAAGGUUAAAUGGAGUCUGAAUGUCUGAAUCAUAUUACGUUCUCCCGUCACUGUCUGUCGAUUUGUGAAGAUUUUUUUAUUUUAUCAUCAGUCUUGUAAGCGCUGGUUUUCUAGGUUGGCUCUUUUGUUGGGGGUGGGGGGAGGGAUUUAUUUUGUGCAUUAAGGGUAGUGAGAAUCAUGUUCAGAUAUGACGUCAAUCAGAAUUUAGAGGAGAGAUUUGUAAGUUAAACCUAAGUAUAUAUAUAUAAAUAUAAAAAAUAAGCCCUCUUUCAUUUUUUUUCUGUCUUCGUAAAUGAACAAUAUUAUGUUUAUUUUUCCAGUUAAGUUGCUUGAAGCAGUGUCAUUUGUGGCAAAGAUAAAGCGUUGUAUACUGUUUGAUCUCUGUUUCAUUUUGAAUGACAUUUCAUGUUGCACUCCACUGCUGAAGUAAAGAAACUUUGCACAUGUA